AUGGAGGGAGCAAGCGCUGCAAUCGCUUUCGUCCAGCUUGGCUUGAGCAUUGCGACUACUCUGAACACUUACAUCGCCGACGUGCGCCAUGGUCGCGCUGACGUCGCGAACCUCGCCAACGAGAUCGAAGCGACCGUCUUACACGCGCAGGAACUCGACAAACUCAUCCAGGAAGAUGAACUGACCGCGCGAUGGAGCCGGCAGGGGCGUUACCUUGCAGAGAAGUGUCUCACUGACUGUAACGAUGUGAUCACAAGACUUUCCGAUCUGCUUCGUCGAUCCGGAGGUACCACUCCGGGGAUGCCGGUGCUGAACGGUGCCGAUGAAGCCAAAUCGAACGAUACAAAAUCGCUCAUCUCGCGGACGGAUAUUGACAUGUCGAACUUCAAUCGCCUUUAUUGGCCCCUUCUGAAGCCGCAGCUUCAGUGUCUCAAGCAGGAGUUGCAGAAAUUAAAGCUCGACAUCUUGCUGGCAGUGAAUACAUAUCGAGUCAAUGCGACUCAAAAGGCCGAGGAACGCAAAGCGAUAGCCGAACGAAUCGUCGCGCUCUGGAAAUCGCGCACAAUCGCCCGUCGUCAGUUAAUCGUUUUCCGGCGGCAGCUCGAGACCCCCAACGACGACUAUUAUCGAACGUACCCUCAAAUGCCAAGGCAGAGAGACGAUGUCAGAGCGAGAGAAAGGGGAAUUCCAGAGCCAGAAUCAGAGAAGGUCGAGCAACCGCAUGGCCAAGGCAGAGAUUUGUCGACAUCCAGCCUCUCUGAAGAUAGUUCCCCGAGAGGCUAUCCUCGCCGUCAACGAACACCGGAACCUUUGCGCGAACGGAUGCCUCGCCGGAAACAUUCUGUCUUGCAGGACGUCUAUAUCGACCGUCAUACACAUCGCUCGCCAUCGGAACCCAUCGGGCUUCCAUUUGCGCCCGAUCCGGAAUACGUGAGCGAGUGGAAAUCCAAGGGACGACAGAUUCUCGACUACGCGCUGGGGUUUGUGCUAGGCCCCGGCGAUGAUGCCACCGGGACGAGGCAAAACCUGAACCAUCUAUGGGAUUCGUAUAAGUCUAAUCCAGCGGCACUCAAGAGCGUUUUGAAUAAAGUCGUCACGGCGGCUCCUCCAAAACCAAAGAAUACCCUUCCUCUAAUCUUGAGAGACCCCGAAUCACCAAAUGGUACUGCAUUUACCUGGUCCCUUCUCAUUUCCAAAAGAUCCCUGGGAUACACUGUCGAGCCCGUGAACUAUCCGCAUGAACUCUUAACCAAACGCUUGCUACGGGAAGAACGGAAAUCCAACCGGUCGGGAUCGCUAAACCUGGAGGCCUACAACACGCUUUCUACUCUCCCAAUGCCAUAUCAGAAUAUGAUAACAAGAUGGCUUCGUCCGACGUCAUUCCGUUCCUUUCACUGGGAACUGUUGAUUUUGGAUCCAUCGUACGGUGCAACCGAAGGAAACACUAGCCGGCGCAAGCGUCUCGCCGAAAAGCUCCGCCGCAAAACAGCCCGACCCGAGGGUCCCAGCGAGCCAACGAGUGUUCUUGCCGUUUUCAAACGCUGUAUGAGACCGGAUGCUGAAACGUCGUCGCAUCGAUCAGACUCUCAAUCCUCCGCCUCCUCACGCCGGGCUCGGAGAAGGCGCACAAUGCACCAACUGGCCGCUAUGCUCGGAGCGUUCGCUGCAGCCCAAGCAAAGAAGAACAGACGGUCAUCCCAGGAUAAGCAGUCACACUCACCCCGAGGCCGCCAGCGCCGUCCUCGGAGUGUCUCUCCCCGGUCUGUCAGUCGAAGAAGGUUCACUCGUAAUCAUUGGAAACGCGCACAAGAGCCAAAGUCUGGCCAGGUCUACGAGAUGUUCGAGACCGAGGAGCCUGAAGCGGGCGAUGGUCCGGACGAUGAUCUGGCAGAUAAGAUUGUGACUGAGUAUACAGGUCGUGCGGCUCGGUUCAAUAGCACUACUAAUGCCUCUGGGCCGAACGCUGUGGGGAGUGAGAAUAUAAGUGACGCUCCGACGGCUAAUGGAGAUACGCUGUUUUGA